CCCCCGUGCAUGUCCCUGAGCCCGGCCGGGGAGAGAGAAGAAGCCAGUCGGGGGAAUUUUGAUUUGGAGGCAACUCAGCUUCCCCUUGGAGGGGCCGCACACAGGUUGAACGUCACGGACACCAGGAGAAGCCUGACGCUCUCGCCUCCUGAGGCAGCAAGCCUCACGCCGACCCGCACACCACACAGAGGACUCGCACCACCUUCUCUCCAGGGCACCAGCAACGUCAGGCAAGCCGGGGCAAGAGGACACACACUGGCUGAGACCAAGAGGAGACUCGGAGGGAAGCGGAAGCCUUCUCCAUGAGGUGGGGGACAAGGGAUGCCGCCACACCGCCCCCCCCAGGGAGCCCGAGGGGCACCCCGGAGGCCAGCACUUUCGGCACUUUGCAGGGAGCUAACCUGGACAGGAUUCCUCACCCUCCUCCUCAUCGUGGCUCUCUGUGCCCUGUGGAACUGGAAGAAAUGGAAGAAGCGGCGCACGCCUUACCGCCGCGUCGAGGGCCUGCCCUCCCUGAAUCGACCUCGAUGCAGACAGCAAACCAAAAAUAUUUAUGACCGCUUACCCCGGAGGCUGGAAACGCCAGGGAGAACCCAGGCCAGGAGUACCCAGCUUGCCAGCACCGAGAGCCUCCUCUCCAGAGAUUCCAGCAGCCCCGCCUCAGAGCACCAGGCCUCCCAAGCAGAGAGUGUGCCCUCGGCUCACACAUCCUACACUCGGGUCUCCGUGGACUCCGGGGGUAUCUAUGACAACACCCUGGGGCCCCCGAUGUGUGAGAACCGCGCUCCCUCGGCACUCGAGGUCAGCGGUGGAGCGCCUGGCAAGUGCCCCAGCACUUCCUCAGAGGACUCUCUCGAUUAUGUCAAUGUCUCCACAGCCGUGGAGGUUUCUGAGACUGGAGCUUCUGCCAGCAGCACCCCUGAGAGCCUUUCUGUCGCCCUGGGUGCCCAGGAACUGGCCCUCACAGAGGAAGGAGACCAGGAAGACAUCUGGGACUGCUCCAGUGUCCGGACCCCGGGAAGCAAGAGCAGCGACAGCGACGCGGACGUUUCUUCUGAGGCCUCCAACGAUUAUGUCAACAUGGAGGGACUGGACGGAGGGGCCGUCCAGGGGAGACAGCCCUGUGUGGCGCCUCCGCGCUGCAGAGAUUAUGAAAAUAUCCCGGCAGCAGCUCACCAUAGCAACCAGCAGCAGCAGGUGGAGGAAGAAAUGACUUUCCCAAGGACGGACCCCGGGGAGGGCGGGACAGAUGAGUCAGGGAGCCCCGGCCAACAGGCUGCGCAACCAGGGAGGUUCCUGGCGCUAGGGGACCAAGUGACUCACCCGCCAGCUGCACGGAGCGAGGACAGCCCAGUGGAACAUGGAGAAAAGAUGUCACAUGAGGACUGCCACGACUACGAGAAUGUGCAAGUGGUCAGAUGGAGGGACUCGGUGCCCUCGCCAGUUCCUUCCUGAUGCACUAAGGCCCAGCCACCCAGACGGAAAAGCACGUGGGGUGGGUCCAUACUACCAUCCCCACAUUACCACCGGGACCACCCUCGCCUUGCAGGGGGUUUGUUUGCUGAGGUUAUGUUAAAGGGCCAGAUGGAGGAGGGAGCUCAAAGCCAGAAAGGAAUUCUCUUAAAGCAGGAAACUCUUGUUCUUCACAACUGCCCAAGAAGGGUUGCUGGAAAAAAUCACGUCCUAAUGCUAACGGGGAUGGGACGGGACUUCAGUGCCUGGUGGAAAUAUGAAGUAGUCUGAAGUCAUUGCCUUCACGACUCCCAGCUGGCCACAGAGCAACAACAUGGAAUUACUUUGUCGUGGAACUGAGGCCAAAAGGAAGGGAGAUGCUGGGUGCGGUGGGGGAGGGCUUUCCGUUUUGCAAGAAUGUGGAUGACUGAAUGCAGGAGCACAUGCGGAAGAGCAGAAACUCGAUCACCACGGAGGAGAUUACAAAGCACGGUACUCACUUUGGAAAACUGUUUGACGGUUUCUUAUACACAGACACUUACACAGCUUACCCAUUCCACGAUUAGGUAUUUACCCCAGUGAAUUGAAAACAAAAUCCCCACACUGAAUGUUUGGAUUUUGUAUUUUUCUUCAUAAUUGAUCAAAUCUAGAGAUAACUUGUGAUAUCUUUUAAUAAGCCAGUGGAUAAAUAA